CUCCUCACUAGUCAACCCUAGUCAGAAAGGGUCACAUCGUCGUGGAAAAAAUAAAUAAAAAGUUAUCAACAAUUCCACGCCAAGAUAAAUUAAAUAGUACAAUGCCAAAGUACUAUUGCGACUACUGUGACACUUACUUGACCCACGACUCGCCUUCGGUCCGGAAAACCCACUGCACCGGCCGCAAGCACCGGGACAAUGUGAAGUUCUACUACCAAAAGUGGAUGGAGGAGCAGGCUCAGCAUUUGAUUGACGCCACCACCGCCGCCUUUAAAGCGGGAAAGAUCACGAACAAUCCGUUUGCAGGCGGACCCGGAGGAGCUCCUCCGAAGCCGGCGGGCGUGUCUAUUCCGCCGCCCAAUAUGGGUGCUCCUCCGCGUCCGGGAAUGCCAGGAAUGCCCUAUAUGCCUCCGUUAAUGAAUCCCAUGAUGGGCAUGCGCCCGCCACCGAUCAUGAAUCCUAUGGCAAUGAUGGGACCCCCGCCACCACUGGGCACAAUUCCCGGCGUUCGACCACCAAUCAUGAACGGCCCCAAGUGACCGCGGGCUGGAGCGGGAUCUGGAAAAGAAGCACGGAGGGAACGCACCUCUUGAGGUGUCCUAAUUAAGCUCUAGUAUUUAAGUAAGCCCAUAGCUAACCGAACUAUGUAAAUUUAUAUACAGAACAUGUACUCAA